GCGCGGGGCGGGCGGAGCGCCGGCUCCGGGAGCGCGGGGGGGGGCGAGCGGCGGCACCGACAGCGACAGCGGCACCGACCGCGGCACCGACGGCGGCGUCUUACCGGGGAUCGCAGCCUUCGCCGGGGACGAGGAGGACGAGGAGAAGCGGGAGGAGGCGGAGGCGGAGAGAAGCGGUCGCGAUCGCGGGUGCCGCCGCGAGGAGCGGAGCGAGCGCGGGGCGGCGGCGGCGGCUCCUCCAUCAUGUCGUCGGGCGGGGACUUCGGGAACCCGCUGCGGAAAUUCAAGCUGGUGUUCCUGGGCGAGCAGAGCGUGGGGAAGACUUCCUUGAUCACCCGGUUCAUGUAUGACAGCUUUGACAACACCUACCAGGCAACAAUUGGCAUUGACUUCUUAUCGAAAACCAUGUACUUGGAGGAUCGAACAAUCAGGUUGCAGCUGUGGGAUACUGCGGGUCAGGAACGUUUCCGUAGCCUCAUUCCCAGUUACAUCCGUGACUCUGCUGCUGCUGUAGUAGUUUACGAUAUCACAAAUGUAAACUCCUUCCAGCAAACCACAAAGUGGAUCGAUGAUGUCAGAACGGAACGGGGCAGCGAUGUCAUCAUCAUGCUGGUGGGAAAUAAAACAGAUCUAGCAGAUAAGAGACAAGUGUCCAUUGAGGAAGGAGAAAGGAAAGCCAAAGAGUUGAAUGUAAUGUUCAUUGAAACUAGUGCAAAAGCAGGAUACAAUGUAAAACAGCUUUUCCGACGCGUGGCAGCUGCCUUGCCUGGGAUGGAAAGCACACAAGACAAAAGUAGAGAAGACAUGAUUGACAUAAAACUGGAAAAGCCUCAAGAGCAGCCUGUCAGUGAAGGAGGCUGUUCCUGCUAAUACCAUGUGGCUUCCACCUUUCUCCAGAACAUCACUGCUUUCCCUCCCUGUCCUCUUCAUUGACUGCAGUGUGAAUAUUGGCUUGAACCUUCCCCUUUCCGUAAUAACGUAUCGCAGUUCAUCAUCGCUGGCUGUCUCGUGGAGAUGAUCUUUAGCUUCACAAGCACACCCCUCCCCACACACACACACACCAACAAAAUGUCAGUGUCUUCAUUAUUUAUAAGAAAAAAAGAAAAAAAAGCCAAAAUAUUCCACCGCAUUCUAGGUAUAACUUUAAAAAAAAACAACAAAAAAACAAAAACAAAAGAAAAAAAAGAAUCCAAACAAAAAAAUAGGUACAAUUUCUUAAUAUUUGUUCCUUUUUUAAUAUGUUAUGAUCUUGCACUUUGAAAUGAUGGCAACUGAGUAAGUUUGGAAUUGGAUCUAGACGAGAUGUAUGUGCAGAAGGUGGCUUGCAAAUCUGACCCAUUGGAUUUCUCUCAGAAACUGGGAACGUGUAGACAGCAGGCGGAAUCACGGUGGGAGGUGGCAGAUGCCGAGGGUUAAACGCUUAUCCUUGAUAAUUAAACACAAAUUAACCCUAAGCUCUUGAUUGCAUUGAGCAGAGCGAGUCUGCCUGGUGUCCAGGCCCAGGCUGGCCUUAGCAGGGGUUUGACACCCCCGGCUGCUGGAGCUGGGAAUUCUGGCUGAGGCAGUGGGGAUACAUUUCCGAGGAAGCAUCACUGGGAAACACAGAUGGGCUCUUUGGGAUGAGCGGCUUCUGGAGGAUUUGGGGGGGAAGGAAAGGGUGGAUCUGCAUUAGCAAAACACUUGCAGGAAAUGGGGAAAUAAUGUUUCGAGUGCAAAAUGAGUUUUCAGAGCUUUUUUUUUUUUUUUUUCCUUUUUAAGUAGAACACCGAUGAAGUGAAUUAUUACUGCCCAAGAGAUGGGAACGUAAAGGUUCAGCUGUUUGGAGGAGAAAGCAUUUUGCUUAUUUGGUUUUUUUAGAGGAAAUUUUGAAAUCAGGACUGGCACUAAAACCUGCCAAAGCCGAUUGAAACCUUGGGAAUCUGGGAGAAAGAGGGAAGAGCAGCUGGCUGCCCCAGCAGAGGGGGAAUGGCACCCACUUUUCCAGAGUGUGGGCGUAGGUUGGUGGGGAAGGGGUGUUUACUUUGAUCCUACAGAAUCCUAGUUGAGACAUCUUAGAUGGAAAGGGGGGGACUUGAGUAGGAUGGAAACCAACUUCUGAUUAUGCAGAUUUAUGCCUUUAUUUUUUAGCUCCUUUUUUUUUUUUUUUUUUUAUGUUCAGUCUUCCAAGUUGGUUUAGUUUGGUUCUCUAGAGCUGUAUAGUUCGGUUAAAUAAUUAGUAAUUUAGUUUUCUAUGGAAUUAGUCUCACAAUUAACCGUUUCUUCUUUGAUAUUUAUUUCUUGGCUUUAAUUUUUUUUUUACUCUCUUCAGUGCUGAUUUUGUUUUCCUUUGGCUGAGGAAUCUGUGUAGAGCUUUGCUGAUGUUGCGAGAUGUAGCUACCCGAGAAACACGGAAUGGAACACACUAGAAGUGCACCCUUUUAAUCUUUACUAGUCAUUGUGAAGUUGCUGUGUAAGUUAAUAAACACAAUUGUAAAUACAUUGUUUGCUGGGCGACUCUGGCCAAGUUACAGUGCAGGAAGGAAUUCUCGAGUCUGUGUUGCGAUUGCGAAUUAAAUGGACAAUUGCAAGGGAAUAUUCAGGCUCCUCCUUGGUUCUCUUCUCUUCUGCCCCUCUCUCUACCAUCUAAAAUAACCACCUGGGGGAGAGGAAGGGAAUCGUCCUCACCACCACUUUCCCCAGGAACCGGGCAUAAAAGAGUUGGAAUUCUUCAUUCCUGAGGUGAAUGCCAGGCUCAUGCCCCGCCCUGGGUUUCUAGCAACUCUGCACAACAAUAACUUAAAGGCAGAACGAGAUGUAAAAGUGCUUUUCUAAUGCAAUAUUAAAGGCGAAUUUUUUUGACGUGGCAUGUCUUGAAAUAAACAUCAAUGAUAUGUGACAAA